CCUCGACAACCGCGAGGAUCUCGUCCGUUCCAAUCAAGGAUAAUCGUCGGAGCCCAAAUUUUGCGCGGUGGUCGCGCGGACGAGAAAGAAGCUCGGGGAUGAGAAGUUGAAAGGCAACACGACGGACGCACAACGCGACAGGUGGUGGCGCCAUUUGCGCAUUUUAAACGCCUCGACCGUUGGAGCGCGACGAAAACAACAAACAUUAUGAAGUGAAAAAGUACUUGUCAUUGUGUGAAAUUUUGAAUCUACGACACACUGUGAUAACCGUCGCCGAGUUGUCCUCUUGCCGCGCGAGAGAAAUUUGCCGUCAUCGUCGUCGUCGUCGAUUAAUUAAUCUCCCUACGUCGUCGUGACGUUACGUGAAACUACGACAGUUGUCUAUUUUUAGUGCGAUUUUGUAACGUCGCUCUCCAACGAGAAGGUGCAUCAUAUGUUCACUGUCCUCGUAAUAAAGGUACUUAAUCAUCGUGCCGUUUCAGCAUCGAUUAAUAUUCUGUGUGCGUAAUAGGGUUAGUCGUCUCCAGCGAAUUUCUCUCUUUGAAAAAACUAAGAACAUUCUAACUAGUAACAUUUAUAUACAAUUUUUUAAAUAAACAAGCACGCAAAUACUUUUUAAAGAUGAUAAAAUUGAUUAAUUGAAUGCAAAAUGGAGUGCAAGCUUCUGUUAGUGACACUUAUUCUGUCGCUCAAUAUUAGCGAUGCCUCUAUCCUGAAUUGGUUAGGAUGGGGAAGGAAGGUGGAUGAUGCAAAUGUUCUGGUUGCCGAUGGCGUACCCCUGAUCUCAAUUCCAUAUGAGUCGAUGACUGAGGACGAGAAGUUUCUCCAGGAGGCCGCAAAGUUUAUGACGGACAUACAGGUCUCCUCGCCAUUGGAGAUAUGUCAGCACAAGGUCAUCAUGAAGUUAAGGACCUCGUGCUCCGACAUGACUGAGGAGGAGCUGGCCAAACUAAGCGUUAAUCUUCUUAACUGUCAGUCUGCGGUUGAAGGCAGGAAGAUGUUUCCUUGUACUGAAGAAAUGUCUCUUAAACAAUGCACAAUUGACAUGGAUGCCGACAUGUGGAAUGCAUAUCAUUUAAUAAGUAACAGAGCGAGGGCGGUUUGUUACGCAGCUCGAAAUACACAAUUUCGUGCUCUUACAGAGUUGACUGUCAACAAGCUGAUGCAAUCCGCGCAUUCUCAAAUUGAGGCCCUCAACUCCUUGAAGCAAGGCCAAGAUCGUCUGGAAGAAAAAACAGAGGAAGCUGUGUCAUCAUUGACCGAAGGACACAAGGUACUUCUGACACAACAAGAGAACUUGAAGGACGCUCAAGUCACAGCUCAAAAACUUGUAACAACAAACCUGAGAGAGUUGUAUAACGAAAAAGCAUUAAUACGAUCUGGUCACGCUCAACUCGCUGCCAUGACAGAAGAAAUAAAAAAUAAAUUAGAAAAAGCGCAUUACGAUCUUGAGCAACAGGCUAUCGAACGUGGAGAAAAUCAUCAAGAGGUCCUGCAGGAUUUGCUUAGCAUACAAGAACAAGCGCGAAUGAUCUGGGAGAAAAUUGAACAUAGCACUAAUCAUAUAUUGGAACAACACGAGGAAACUAUCCAUCAAUAUGAACAAACAAUGCAGAUGCUCACCCAAAUUAACGAUACCAUUCAGUAUAUUUGGAAUCUUACUAAUACUAUGCGCGUGGAAGUCGACCAAAAAUUGGGAUGGAUUACGGAAUACAUUGGCGAUACCGGUGAGCAGAUGCAAAAAGCAUAUCGCAUAUUUUUACACAUCAUGUAUUUAUUAGUGGCGAUGAUAAUCGCGGCGUUUUUACAAACACCGUUUUUAACCAGAGCUACCAUUAUGGGCGUUGUACCGGCGAAUCUUUUUACGUACUUGAAACACGGCAUGGAGGCCUCUCUAGAUUUCACAUCUGUGACGGUGUUAAUAUUCUUGAUCACUGCAAUGCAUUUUAUAAUGCUGGGAAUACAACGUAUAAUUGGACCAAAUACUUCAAAGGCGAAGAUAGAGCUAAUUAAGCUGAUCCAGCAAAAAAAUUUGAAUGGAGUUGUUAAUGACAAUACAACGUUGUCGAAUUCAUCUGAAUCCGUCCCGACAAUGCAGCUACACAAGAGAUUAGCAAUAAAGAUACAAGAACUCUAUAACUCCAUUGUUUCGCAAAUAAAUUACUACAGAGGGAAAUUGCAAAUUUUGUUAGAAUCAGUUUCUUCGUGGGGUGGACGCAAUUUAAAUGCGCACGAGGAGCUCUCUUGUUCAUAUCAACCGUCGAGGAAGAUGCGCGAGGAUAUUGUUCAUAACGGAUUGCAGCACCCUAAUUUCAUGAUGAAACGCUUGAUAGAGUGUGAUUCUUCUGAUGAUACACCAAAACUUAUUAAUGAAAUGCAAUACGAAGACAAUUUCAUAGAUCAUCAUAAUCAUAACAGAACUGAUUUUAACAUCUCAGAGAAGUCGUUUGAGCCUGUUCGGCGCAACACGAACCUACCACGAUCUAGAAGCGGUACUCCCGUGUCGCUGAGAUUUCCGUGUAUGGGAAUAACGAGAAAUGGCAGGAGAUGUCGAGCCCUUGUUUCACCUGGACAGAAUUACUGCUAUCAUCAUUCCACGGGCACAUCUGUUAAUAGUGUUCGUCUUAAUUAAUUGAAGAAGGAUCAAUAAUUACGGAUUAGUCAUAUUUAUAUAUACAUAAUAAUUACUCUAAAAUUUACGACAGAUAUUUAUUUUUUAGAUAUAAUGUUUUUUAAUUAGAAAAUAAUUCCAGAGGAAUAAAAGAGCUCAUAAGGGAAAUAAUUAUUUCGGAAAGAAAUCAAUAAUUAAUUAAAUGUAGUUAAAUAAUUUGCGAAUAAUUUUGUAAAUAUUUUCACGUUUGAUAAUGAUACAAUAAUUUCAAGAUAUAUCUUUGAUCUUGAUAAUAUUUUGAAUAUGUAUACAUAUAUGUUAAGUUAAUUUAUAUAUGACUUGUAUUAUUUGAUCAUUGUGAUUUAAGUAUAUUUUUAUAUUAAGGCUAUUAAAAACUAUUAAGUAUUUUUAAUGUACAAUUCGGAUAAUACGGAUUUUAAGAUUAAACUUUAAAUGGUUCUGACCGUUCGAGCUUGAAAAUGUAUAAGUAAUUUAAUCUGUUAAUUUGACUUCAAGUCUAAAAACACAUUUUCUCUUUAUGAUAAAUAAUAAUUUUCGCUCGAAUUUCUCAUAAUGUUCGAAUUAUUCCAAGUUAAAGCUUUACAGUUAAAGCUUUGAUUCAAUUGAAUUGAUUAAUCAUUAGCUCCAUUCGAACAUUAGUAUUUUUACUUUGAACUAUUCGUACAAUUCGAUCUUAUAAUUUAUUAAAAAUCUUCUGUUUUAGCGUUAAUAGAAAUAUACGUUUCUUCUCAAUGAUAAAUAUAUAUACAACACAUACUUAAAAAUACAUAUCUCUUAUCGUUUCUGUAAUAAUGAAUAAUAAUAAUUAGUCUUGUGUUUAAUGUAAGUAAUAUUUAAUAUUUAUAAUAAGCGGGCAGAAUCUAUUUUAUAAGAAUAUAUUAAAGUAUAUAAAGUUAUGAUAUAAAAUGAUCUUGUAAUUGUACGAAGCUCUGUAAAUUAAUUUAAUAUAAAUAUAAAUUUUUAUCAUAAAA